CCUUCUCUCUCCUCCCAUUUCCAUUAUCAUUACUUCUCUCUCUAACCUUAUAUUCUAUUAUCAACUUCUUCUUCUUUCAUGUAUAUAUAAUAAUUCCCACACCUCUUGUUCAUUCUUUCUUUACCCUUUGUGUUUCUUGAUUAUGUAGUUCCAAUCUUCAGGAAAUUCAAGAAAAUAUGGCACUUGCAUCUCAUGGAUUUUCUAUUCGUGAGUUUUCUUCAAAGAAAAGGGCGGUGGAUCUCGAAAAAUGCUGGCCGUUUAGCGGCUGUGGUGGUGGUGGUGAUGAUCUUCCUCCGAUUACUGUCAAGAAAUUCCGUUGGUGGUCUCAUGAACUCAACAAGAUCAAGAUUACUAAUCAGAAAGAACAAGAACAAGAAGAAGCUGAAGAUCAAGACUAUGGAAUUUCAAGAAAUGAUGAGGAGGCUAAAGAUAAUAAUAAUAAUACUGGCCAAAGAGAUGAAAAGAAGAAAAAGAUAAACAUACCAUUAAAGUCGUUCAAAUCUAAAUCUAAAUCCCCCAAGAAAAGAUCCAUUCUUGAGAUCUUUGCCGUCUCGCCACAGGUUCACAAAGUUGAUGAUGACGAUGAUGAACAAGAUGAAGAAGAAUCACAAGACGAGAAAGCAAAGAAGAAAAUAAAGAAGAAAAGGAUCAAAAUCAAGAAUGAUAAAAACAAGAAGAAGAUAGCGAUUUUGAAUAAUUCAACCGUGGACAAGAAAUUGAACAAGUUCAAGAAGAAGAAGAAGCAGAAGAAUUUGAUCAACAACAAUAAGAGAUCAAUUGCAAAUAAGGGUAAGUCUCAGAAGCUUAUGUUGCCAAUUCCGGAGAAUUCUUCAACAAAAGUGAAUGGUUCAUGUUGCAAGAAAAAGAUAACGAAAACUAUUCUGAAUAAUGAUGGUUCAUUACGCCGAAAUAAAUCAGGACUAAAGGGUUCUAUACAAAAGAAGCAUGGAGUUCAAGCAUCAAAAUCCAAUGCAAAGCAUCAUAAAAAAUCAUACAUUCCUGUUCGUGGUAUUCUGAAGAAUCAUGAAACAACAUUUUCUCAAAAGAACCCUCAUGAAGAUUGCAAUAUGUCGGGUGGUAGUCAGGCGAUGUGUUGCGAACCUCAAUAUCCGGACAGACAUGUCAGGUUCUCAGAUAAAGAUGACAUACUUGGUCAGAGGAAUAAAAACUCCAAUUCCUUUGAGAAAAAUGUUUUUGAUUCGUAUAGAGAAAGUCUUUCUAGUCAGUCAGAGCACAGCCACUCCACGGAAAGUGAUAAGGAAUCAGAUGCUGUGGGGAUGGAUGGAAUGGCUGCAGUUUCUUUUAGCACAGGAAAUGGAAUUGGAUUACAGGCUAACAAUAACAAGCAACAAUUGCCAUGUAUUAAUAAUUUUGCAGGAAUGCCAGAUUUUCCAAGGCCGCAGCGAGAAAACGAGCAGCAUUUUUUGGAUAAAUCAUCUUUAAAUCCAGUUAUUCAUGGUAAUAAUUUGCACAUAUAUGCUCAUGGGUACCCAACUCCACCAAAUAUGUCUGCACAUGCUGGCAUUUCGAGACUUCUUCCUACAGUAAAUGAAGCAAAUAAUCCGCCUGCUUCUCCAUUAUGUGGUAAUUUAUCGAUGACCUCCAAUUCUAGAGGAAAAUCCAUUGAUUAUUAUGAAGAUGGCAUACAUAGAUUUCCUUCUGUUGAUUCAUUUCCAACUCCAAAGGUAUUUAUACAGCCGGAGUCUCGUAAUUUUCCUAUGAUCGAAAGAACCAACAGGAGUAUGCCAUUUAUGCCUCAAUCUUCGGUGGAAAGUAUCACCGGCCAGGCUUUGCAAAGCCAAUCCAAUUGUCAUCAUUCCCCAGUGGGAUUAACUGGUCCAACUGAUUGGAGGCAAACAGUUGGUGUCUCGGGUUCGAGGUGCAUAAAUGGGGAAUUCUACGGCUUGCCUCUAAAUUCACAUGGGGAACUGAUUCAGGUGAAUUCAAGUGGUAGAGUUGGUUCAUAUCCACACAAUUCUAUCAAUCCUGGAAGUUUCGCCGAAUUUGCAACUCAAGAGCAUCGUAACAAGCAGGCUAUUCCGAAAGGUCCAUUAAAUCUUCUACCCAUUCAGAAGAAUCAUAAUAUUUCUUUACCAGCUCAUUUCGGUGUUACUGAGGUGCCAAAUUCUGGCGCGCUCGAUGUUCAUUUGCCAACUUCUGAGAGAGGAAGCAGUAAAAGUGUGUAUCCAUUGGAUUCAAAUGUGAGUUCACUGAAUAACUCUCUCAAUCAAUGCAGGGAAUACUUUCAAAAUCAGAACAUACCGGGAAUUAUAAUGGCGCAACUGAAGGAUAACCCAGGUAACUUAUCGACUAGAACUGUGCAACCAACGAUGAGGUUGAUGGGGAAGGAUGUUGCAGUUGGCAGAAGUAAUUCGGAUAUGCAAGGAUUCGAGGAUGGGAGUGUUUGGACGGAUAAGGAAAUUAUACAAGAGCAUCGUUCUUCAAGUAAUGAUCUGAAUUAUUCGAUACAACUUCAGUUGUGUUCAGAACUAGACAAAUCAAAGGAAACUUUACAUUUUCCUCUGGAAUUUGACAGCAAUUGGGCAUCAUCUCAAAGCAAUUCUCAGGUGAAAGCUCAAGAAGCUAGAGCAUCCCACCCAUGCUUCAACUGGAAAACUAGUUCUGCAUUCAAAAAUGGAAAUCUUGCCGGUGAACAGAAUGCUACUUUGCAUUUUCACCCAUCUGACUUGUUAUACAAGGAAUCUAAUUUGAAAGAUCCCUUUAUAUCUGGAGCUGAAAAUGCAGGUAUGAGCUCUCAGCUACCUAUGCCCACUUUACGGAAUACAGAUCCGAAUUUGGGUUGGAGACCUGCUGAUUUUCAUUACCAGCAGAAUCUACCUAAUGUUCGGCAGUCGGCUUUUGAGUUCCCAUUCUUGCACCCAGACUGUAAUGAACAGAUUCAAUCAUCUUCGUUCCUCAGCUCCUCUAAGAACCUGCCUCCGUGGUUAGCACACGCAACCAUACCAGUGAAAAUGGCAACUAUGCCUUCUCCAAACUUUUCUUAUCCUCAAAAUUCUGCGAUUUCAAGUCCAUUUCUGAGAAGUUCACCUGGAUCACCACCACUGUUUGUUAGACCUCCAGUUUUUCCAUUCAGUACUGAAGUUCAUCCGAAUUCUUCCAUGAACACGAGCUAUAAUGUUCCCGAUCAUUGUAAAAAGAGCAAGAAAAGGCCUGCAGCUAUUGCAGGCGGUUCUUCCAAGGCGUCGAAGAUGCCAAGCUUGAUGCAGGAGCUGGAUCCAAGUGAUGUAUGGCAUAACAUCAGAGCUUAUGAAUCCAGCACAUGUGGUUCAUAUGAAGCUGAAAAGAAUCGGUUCGGAGCUUCAGGUCCCAUUAGACUAACUGCUGGGGCAAAGCACAUCAUCAAACCGGGGCGAAAUGUGGAUUAUGAUAACCCCAGGCUUAUCCAUUCUACUAUUUCGUUUCCUGGUGUCACUGAUUCCGACAGCUUUAUAGAUUCUCAGAAGAAAUCAGCAACGAUUUACAGGUUUUAGGUGUAGGAAUUGUCAUGCUCAGAUUUUAUGUUUAUUAUAUAGCCUGUGUUCCCCUUUUUUUGCAGUCAAAACUGACUGCAACAGGUGGAUUUAUGUGGCUAUUUUUAACAAUGCAACUGCUAAAUGUUGAUGGUGAAUUUAAUAUGCUUCUUUUUCUUUA